CAACAACGGCCGCCGCAUUUAAUCUUCUUCUCACAAAGAGCGACAUGACGACGACUUUGACGCAGACGUAAUCUGCUGUAGCCACAGCAACCACAUGCGUUGGUACAACACAAUGACUGGACUCACUGGUAAACCUGGUUCAGUCGGCUUAGGUUUGUGGACGAUGGCCUCCACUUCCCCAACUAGAGGCAGUUCGAUGAUGCUUGGGCCCGGUAUAUUGAGCGACACGGUCAUCUUGACAAACUUUAAUGGAGACGCUCCAUACCUCUACCAUCCGAGAUCGGGUAUCUGUGCCACCUUGCAGCCUGGAUUGUCUAGUACAGUUGCCAUGCAGAAGUAUGAUGGCGGCUCGGUGACGCUUGAGCCCUGUGGGUGCAGCGACGUGCCCGCGGAAAACCAGGCUUGGCUAUCAACACCUCGCCUGUUUAAUGGUCAAUGUGUCAUGGCUAUCGGAGACCGUGGUGCUCUGUGGCCUAGUGGCUUCUACUCUGCGAACAAUAACAAUGGCUAUUUUGUCAGCCUGAAGGCUGGUGAUGGUGGUUGCUUCUAUUUCCAGUAAUAACAACUUUCGAAGUUGAGGGUUUUGAGGUCAGAAUGAAAUAACAAAAGUAAACAAUGUCGAGAUGAAACUGUAACUGAUCUGUCGUCCCCAGCGU